AUGACCAGCAAGUACCGCUUGUAUUCGUUUUUCUCCUCGUCAUGCGCCCAUAGAAUUAUCAUUGCGGCCCACCUUAAAGGUAUCCCGCUAGAGUUUAGCUAUGUUGACUUGCGCACCGGCGAGCAACGGGGCGAUGCUUACAAACAAGCCGCAAACCCCUUCGGCACGGUUCCAACCUUGGUAGUCUCCGAAGCCGGGGCCGAAGCCGAUCUUGUGAUCCGCCAGUCGACGACAGCUCUUGAGUAUCUCGAAGAGCAAUUCCCUGGAAAGACUCCGCUGCUGCCGCCACCUAGCGAUCCCGUUGGCCGUGCUCUUGUCCGCGACUUUACAAACCUCGUCACAAACGAUAUCCAGCCAACUACCAACUCCAAGAUUGGCGUCCGCGUCAAGCAGAUUCGCGAUAACGUGGAGGAUAGAAACGAGUUUAUGACGAUAGUUUUUAGAGAGGGCUUUACAGCGUACGAGGCGCUUAUUCAAAGCACACGGAAGCCGGGCGAAUCCGGGCGCUUCACUGUUGGCGAGGCUGUCAGCAUGGCCGACGUGGUAAUGGUGCCGGCUGUGGACCAGGCACUAUUUUAUAAAAUGGAUAUUGCCGCAUUUGCACCCAACGUGAUGAAAAUUUAUGAGUAUUUAAAAACUGAAGAGGCAUUUCAGGCGGCAGACUGGCGUAAGCAGGGCGACACGCCUGAGCAGUUUAAGAUCGUAUAG